AUGGAAGAAAUGGAGGUAUCAGUGGAAAUGGAGGUAUCAGUUGAAGAUAGCAGCAGCAGUGGCGCUAAUGGCGAGACGGAAUGUUCCGUCAUUGCAGAGGCCACUGGAGAAGAAACUGAACAUCCCAGGACGAAGUCAGUGAGGCGAAGGACUCACUUGGAUAUAGUUCCACUGAAAGUGAUACAAGAAGAUGGAGAUGAAUCGCAGAUGUUUGCAAACGAUUCAGAAGACGAAGACUCAGACGAGAGCUCUUACGGUCGAAAAGACGAUGAGCUGGAAUCUUCUUACAACGAGAUACCGCUACCACGACAGCAAUCAGCUUUAGGAGCUUCUAUGAUGAGAAGGGACCGUCGACGCUCAGCCUUUACGUUGAUGCACAAUGCCUUUGGAGCCAGCGUCAUUCGGAUACAAAAUGAAAUGGACAUGGUCCGUGGGAAGUUAUCUGAUUCUUAUCAAAAGGAAGGGAAAGCUGUCUUGCUUCAUGGGUAUCUACACAUUCAAAUUAUUAGAGCCCGAAACCUACGAAAUGCCGACUGUUUCCGUGGUUUUCACACACUUUUUCAGUGCCUUACCAACGAUGUAUCUGAUCCUUAUGUGACGGUCCAUGCAGGGGCGCACAGGCUGCUCAAAACAAGGCAAAUUGAAAAUGAUCUUAAUCCAGAAUGGAACGAAGAUUUCUUCAUUCCGGUUUGUCAUCCCAUUGCAGACAUUGAAUUUCGGGUCAAAGAUAGAGAUGCAAUGUCAGGCGAAUUGCUUGGCAAGUCCUUCUUGUCAGUUCAUGAGCUGAUUCGAUUUGCUGAUGAAGACCCUGAUCACAUUGAUUUCAGUGCCAUGUUAGGGAGUGAAUUGAUGGAACCUACCGAGUCACAGGCAGACAAUGCCAACAGCAUGGGCGGGGCUUCCAGCGGAAGAAACCUGCUUUCUUUGCUCGGCGGUUCCGGCAAGGAGGCUUCCAGCAGGCGUAUGCUGCGAACAGGACUUCGCAAGACAGUGCAUUUGGAUAACCGUCCACAUCAUGGAAGUCUGGAGUAUUUUAUUGACUUCAUUCCCAAGGACUUGUUACACAAGCCCCCGAGGGAUUUUGGUCUUUUGACCGAAAAGUCCGCAGUUACCAUGGCUGUCCCUGGAGUAUACUUCUCUGCCCAACACUACAACCGAGUGCGCUUCUACAUCAACGCAGAUGACAAGGGACACACACCGCCAGUGACUUAUGGCAAGGAAAAUGAGAAGACAUGGGAAGGUCAACGUUACUUUAAAGACGUUUACGAUUCAAUCUGUCAGGCUGAACACAUGGUCUAUAUUGUUGGAUGGUCCGUAGAUUAUACUCAAUCGCUGCUAAGAGGGGUCGAACGAACAAAUGGGUUGCACACCAGAAAGGACGGGUCCAAGUAUAGUCCCAAAAUUGGGGAAUUGUUAAAUCAGAAGGCCAACGAGGGAGUUGUCGUCAAUAUGCUGGUGUGGGAUGAUCAGACCUCGAACUCCAUCAACAGGAUUGGCGUCGUUGCGACAAUGGAUGAGCAAUUAAGGGAAUACUUUCGUAAAGGUUCCAAAGUUAACCUUAGGCUUACACCGAUGGGUGGGGGGGAUGCCAACGUUCUCAAGAAGUUUCGCAAUGCAGUCUACUAUUCGCAUCACCAAAAAUGCAUCAUGUGUGACACGCCGAGAAAAGAGUUGGUAGCCUAUGUUGGUGGCAUUGAUCUUACAUACGGAAGAUACGAUGACGGCAGCUAUCCUCUUUUCAAAACACUCGAAACGGAUCACAAGGGAGACUUCCACAAUGCAUGCGCAGUUGUAAACAGCACAAUGGGUCCCCGCCAGCCUUGGCAUGAUAUCCAUUCUCGCGUGGAGGGAGAGGGCGCGCUGGACGUGCUCAAGAAUUUUGAGGAACGAUGGAUUGGCCAGGGUGGUCUCGCGUCCGACCUAGUAUCUUUGGACCAUUUUGGGAUUCUACCCUACAACCCCGCCGAAACCGACGAGAAGGAAGAUGCUUGGCAUACCCAACUCUUUCGAUCAAUUGACGAACGAACGGCCAAGUUGAAGAAAACAAAAUUCCGGGCAAACCAGUUCGAGGAUACACAGGGGGUAAGCUUCAAUGAGAAAAGGAAACGAAAAGCGGGGAAACGACAAACAAUUCUAGAGCAUCUCUUGAAAACGGGAAAAGAAAAAGAGCAGCGCUUCAUCGCAGAGGGAAAACCGGCCGAUGGUGCCUUCACGCUGGAAAGGGCAGAGCUCGACGUGAAACGAGAUUUACGAGUCGAUAGCUCUUGCCAUCGAGCUUUAGUACACCAUAUAAGGAAUGCACAGCAUUGCGUAUACAUGGAGUCUCAGUACUUUCUGAGCAGCUCCUUCUUGUGGCCAGACGAGCAAAAUGGCAAAUGCUGCAAUCUGGUUGCUGCUGAGAUCACGUACAAGAUUUGCGAAAAGAUUGAAGGCGGCGAACGGUUUGCUGCUUACAUUGUCCUGCCAAUGUGGCCAGAGGGUCUUCCAGAUGCCGCCUCAGUACAGAGCAUUCUCGCCUACCAAUCUUUCACCAUGAGGACCAUGUACGAGCGGAUUGCAAACUCGAUUGGGAGACGAAGAAGCAAGCUGGGCAGAGAUGGGACCCAGGAGCAAAUUGCGUUGAUCGCAGCUGCAAGACCAACCGACUAUCUGAACUUCUACUGUCUGGCAGCAAGAGAGAAAGCGGAAGCAUCCGGGACUUACUUUGACAACGGUUUGCUGAGCCGCACACGACGACACUUGGUAUACACUCAUUCCAAGAUGACCAUUGUAGACGACGCUAUUGCCAUUAUUGGGUCAGCGAAUAUCAAUCAACGUUCUUUGGAUGGCAAUCGUGAUAGCGAACUUCUGAUGGGGUACUGGCAGCCGGCUCAUGUUGCAACCAAGGCGUCAGUUCCCAAUGGUGAUGUCCACGGCUUUCGGAUGUAUUGUUUCGCUCAUCUGGCAGGUACUAUGGAGGAUGAAUUCCGCGAUCCCGCCAGCUUGGGAUGCGUGAGACGUCUGAAUAGCAUUGCUGACGAAAAUUGGCAAAAGUAUACAGCGGAUAACGUGAUCGACAUGACAGCUCCCAUCGUCCCCUAUCCUAUUACUGUCCUCCCCGAUGGAAACAUUGAACCAGCGACUGAUGAUGGAAAAUUCCCAGAUACAUCUUCGCCAAUCAUUGGUAAUCCAGGAAAACUUCCGAAAUUUUUGACUACCUAA